AGCAUGUUGCCAACGUGGUCCCUCUGCUCCAUCGUUUGGUUAAACAGGGGAUUUAAGCUGAGGAAGGUGCUUCACUUCGCCAACACAGGCCAGGACUGAGCGGGCUGCCCGUCUGCGCCCCCUGUCCUCACCCCCUCCCCAUCCCUCCCCCCCGCGCCACGGCCACGCCUUCACACGGCCAUGCACCUCUGUCUCGGGUGACGGCUUCGGCGUGACCUGUCCAGUGAGAAUCCUCAGCCCUGACUCCGCCCUGGGAGGCCGUAACCCUCAGCAUCUCCUUCCUCCCUCCGUUACCUUUCUCCGUUACCUCCGUUACCACUGCUGGCAGCCGCUGCGUAAUCUGAGGAAUGGCCGCGGAGGGCUUCCAAUACCGGGCGCUAUACGCCUACAGCAGGGACUGGGAGGAGGACAUUGACGUGCAGCCGGGGGACGUGCUAAUGGUCAGCAAGGCGUCGCUGCUGGCCCUGGGGGUGCCGGAGGGGGAUGAGCAGCACCCUGAGAGGGUGGGCUGGAUCACGGGGGUCAACGAGCGUACCAAGCAGAGGGGGGACUUCCCCGGGACAUACGUCCAGUACGUGGGGCCCGCGAUGAUGUCACUGCCGUCCAGUCAGCCACGUCUCCAGAGGCCCCUCCCAGCAGUUCCCAGGCCGGCUCCGCCCCCUGCACAGCAAGCCGUUUCUGUCCUGGACCUGACGGAGCAGUUUUCCCCCCCAGAGUGUGCUCCCCCUGUGCUGGUGAAGUUGGUAGAGGCCAUCGAGAAGCAAGGGCUGGACUGCGAGACGCUCUACAGGACCGGGGCAGAGAGACAGACCGCGAACAGCGAGACAGAGUUGCUGGGGGCAGACAGAGGGUCAUGUGACAUCCAGACUCUCUCAGAGGCCGUGAUUGGUUACCUGCAGGACCUGCCCUCCCCUGUAAUCCCCGCCUCCGUCCACCAGGAGCUGCAGGCUGCAGUGCAGCAGGGAGCAGAUGAGUAUGCAGCAGACAGCGGCAGCCGGCUGCGCUGCGUCCUGGAGUCCCCCGCCGUCCCCCCCCAGAACCUGCGAACCCUGCAGUACCUUCUGAAGCACCUGGGCCAGGUGUGCCAGGACUCUGACAGGAACGGCCUGGACGCUCGAACCCUGGGCCGCACGUUCGGCCCGCUGCUGUUCCGCACAUCCGUGUCCAGGGUGGAGGCGGAGCCUGGGCUGCCAGCUCUGGUGGUGGAGAGGUUGCUGGUGGAGAGGGUCUGGGAGCAGGAGCAGACCCCCCCAGCUCUCCCUCCAAAGCCCCCCAAGAGCAAGGCCAUGACCCCCCCUGUCACCAACGGCAACAGCGGUGGUCUGAGCGAGGCGGAGUGGUACUGGGGGGACAUUUCCAGAGAGGAAGUGAAUGAGAAGAUGAGAGACACGGCUGACGGCACCUUCCUGGUCCGAGACGCUUCCAGCAAAGUGCAGGGAGAGUACACACUCACUCUCAGGAAGGGGGGGAAUAAUAAGCUGAUAAAGAUCUUCCAUCGGGGGAGCUGCUAUGGCUUCUCUGAGCCGCUCACCUUCCUGUCCGUGGUGGACCUGAUCAGUCACUACCGGCACGAGUCCCUGGCACAGUACAACGCCAAGCUCGACACCCGGCUGCUCUACCCCAUCUCCAGAUUCCAGCAGGACCAGGUGGUGAAGGAGGACAAUGUGGAGGCAGUCGGCGAGCAGCUGAAGGUUUAUCAUGAGCAGUACCAGGAGAAGAGUCGUGAGUACGACACCCUGUACGAGGAGUACACCCGCACCUCGCAGGAGCUGCAGAUGAAGCGCACGGCCAUAGAGGCCUUCAAUGAGACCAUCAAGAUCUUCGAGGAGCAGUGUGAGACGCAGGAGCGCUACAGCAAGGAGUACAUCGAGAAGUUCCGGCGGGAAGGAAACGACAAGGAGAUCCAGAGGAUCCAGAGCAACUCGGAGAAGCUGAAGUCGCGGGUGACGGAGAUCCACGACAGCAAGAGGAAGCUGGAGCAGGACCUGCAGCAGCAGGCGGCCGAGAACCGCGAGAUUGACAAGCGCAUGAACAGCCUGAAGCCCGACCUCAUGCAGCUGAGGAAGACCCGCGAGCAGUACCUGGUGUGGCUCACGCAGAAGGGGACGAGACAGAGGAAGAUCAACGAGUGGCUGGGCAUCAACAACGAAGCUGAGGACCUGUACUCGCUGAUGGAUGACGAAGAGGAGGAGGAUCUUCCUCAUCAUAACGAGCUCACCUGGUACGUGGGGAACAUCAAGCGGGCCCAGGCAGAGGAGCUGCUGAGGGGAAAGUGUGAUGGCACUUUCCUGAUCCGGGACAGCCAGACGCAGAAGGGCAGUUUCGCCUGCUCCGUGGUUGUGGACGGAGACGUCAAGCACUGCGUCAUCUACAAGACCGCGACGGGGUACGGCUUCGCCGAGCCCUACAACCUGUACGGCUCGCUGAAGGAGCUGGUGCUGCACUAUCGCCACGCAUCGCUGGUCCAGCACAACGACUCUCUGAAUGUAACCCUCACCAGCCCAGUGCUCAGCCAGCACCACAGAUGAGCACCGGGGCGGGGACACCAGCCC